UCCCUUCCAGCAACAAGCAGUGCCGACGUCGGUGCUGUGUGCUCCGCAACUCAAUUCAAGUCCGUUUUCGAUCGUGCCCUAGUCUCUCUCUCUCUCUCACUCUCUCAAUCUCUCUGCAAGCUUCCAAUGGCAGAAAGGGACGAGGACUUGGAUGCGCCGGAAGAGUUAACUACCCAACAGGGCAUUAAACAAGAUGAGGAGAUUAGAAAAAUUCAACGAGAAAAUAGGAGCAGAGUGGCUCGAGAAGGAAAAGAGCAAAGAAGGCAGUGGGAACAAAGAAAAACACAACGACCACCAAGAGGUGAGGUUGCUGUAGAAGUUUCAGAAACGGAAAUGCACCAGGAGGCACAAAGAACAGAAGGAAUGCUUCCAAGUGAUGUUGUCAAUCUCCUUGCAGCUCGUGAGAAGAUUUCUUCCAUGUGCAGACAAACAUUCCACUCGGACUCGGAAGAUGAGAUCGCCGAUGAUAAGCUCACCCUAAAAAAGAAAAAGUCAAAAAUUUCUGGUGGAGGAGCCGUGCUCUUGACGAACAUACCACCUGCACAAUGUUUGCACAAAUCCAUAGAAUUUUUGAAGAAGAGAAAAGCGCAGGUCUCAAGAUCAACUUCAGUUUUGAAGAACUCCAACCAGGCCUUACGCCUUCUCUCAACCAGUGGUGUGCUAAAGUAGGAAGUACUAAGUGGAUACAUGGUUUGAGGUGGGUCUUGGAUAAGCUUGGUCGAUGUAGCGCAUCUGAACAUUGUCUUGGUCACGUAAGUGUAUAUUUACGUUGACAGCUGAGGAACCACCAUCAAGAAACCACGGAUGGUUUUUGUCUUUGGCAUCUGUUGGUUUUGAUUAGCAACAAGUAGAUGCUAUGUUAGAGGUUUACUAAGCCCACGUGUGCAAUCCCUGCUCAUCUACAGGCAAGCAGGCAUGCCAAUCUGGCACGCAUUCUGGUGGGCUGCAGUGUUAAGAUCUGGCUUAAACAAUGGACAACUGUACGAAGCAAAGGAAUAGAUGAAUUUUUUAGAUGGCAAUUGUUUUGUGCACUUACCAAUUGA